CAACUGUCGCGCCAGAUUUUCCCGCCUUUUUAUCAUUAUCGGUGUAUAUCAGUGACAAUUAAGAUUACUUUAGCAGCAAAGUUUCUUCCCCUGGUGUGUCCUCCACUCCAGAAAAACAUCCUAAAGAUGGGUUAUGGAAAUGGUGUAAUUGGUUAUCAUGAUGAGUACCAAUAUUUGAGACUAGUGCAACAAAUUAUUGAAACAGGUGAUAAAAGAGUGGACAGAACUGGAGUCGGCACUUUAUCCAUAUUUGGUGCUAUGCAACGAUAUUCUCUCAAGAAUAACACGCUUCCAUUACUUACUACUAAGCGCGUAUUUACCAGAGGCGUCAUAGAAGAGUUACUCUGGAUGAUAUCCGGCUCAACUGAUUCGAAGGCUCUUAAUGCUAAAGGAGUACACAUUUGGGAUGCCAAUGGAUCUCGAAGCUUUUUAGACAACUUAGGAUUCACUGACAGGGAAGAAGGAGAUCUCGGACCAGUUUAUGGCUUUCAGUGGAGACAUAGUGGAGCUGAGUAUGUAGAUGCAAAAACUGACUACACUGGAAAAGGAAUAGAUCAGCUAAAAAAUGUUAUUGAAACUAUAAAGAACCGGCCAGCUGACAGAAGAAUGUUAAUAUGUGCAUGGAAUCCAUCAGAUCUAAGCAAGAUGGCUCUACCGCCAUGUCAUUGCUUAGCUCAGUUCCAUGUAUCAAGUGGCAAGCUGUCUUGUCUGCUUUACCAAAGGAGUGCGGAUAUGGGGCUGGGUGUUCCUUUCAACAUUGCCAGCUACUCAUUCCUCACUCACAUGAUUGCCCACAUCACAGGAUUAGAGCCUGGGGAAUUCAUCCACACGACAGGCGACACUCAUGUGUAUUUAAACCAUGUAGAACCCUUAAAGGUACAACUGCAAAGAGUACCUACUCCAUUCCCCACAUUGGAAUUUGCUCGAAAGAUUACUUCCAUUGAUGAUUUCAAGUAUGAAGACUUCAUUAUCAAGGGAUAUAAACCUCAACCCAAAAUUGAUAUGGAAAUGGCUGUUUAGAACUUAGGUGAUAAAACUAUUAUAAGAUUGAAAGAGUAUUAUCAUGCUUUACAAUAUGUUGUAUAUAUUUGAUUUAAAAUAGAUACCAUAUUGUUACACUUAAUGGUGGCUGGUCAGUGAUGUUAAUUUUGUGUUAUUAUUGCAUUUCGUUUUUUGCUUCUUAUUAACCUUUUCACCGCCACGCCAUAUCGGUAUUCCUAUGCCCUGUACGCCAAGCCCGAAAAUCUUAAUUAAAUAUCUACUAAAAAAUACAUAAAAGUAAUGAUUUAAUAGGUUUAUUUUGUAUUUUUCUGCGACCUGUUUUUUGUCGAGUAUAGCCGUCGUUGGCGCACAGGGCACGCUUGCUCAUGUCGGCUAUAGCCGACAUUGGCGUUCAAAAGGUUAAGCCGCACGUUUAAUCACUUUACAAUCCUCCUAAGCACGGGAGUAUAACACAACCAACUUCCAGGCUCUGGACUGCUUUGAGUGUUUCUUAAACUUUCAAAGUAAUUAUGGCACUGCAGUCACGCUAGUGUCCACUUGACUAGUUUUCACACCUACUGAAUCAUUGAGAAGCACUGAGAAUGAGUGCCCUAUAAUUACAGCAAUAGAAGUGCAUCAAAUAAUGUACCGCCACUUCAAUGAGCUGUGGCAUUUAACUCACCAUGAGAAUCGAACAGAGACCGAAGCACCGACAUUGACAAUGCGCACAUGGCUUGCUAGGCGGCGGGUGUUUUUAGGGUUCCGUAGCCAAAAUGGCAAAAACGGAACCCUUAUAGUUUCGUCAUGUCCGUCUGUCCGUCUGUCACAGCCGAUUUACUCGGAAACUAUAAGUACUACAGUGAUGAAAUUUGAUGGGAAUAUGUGUUGUAUGAACCGCUACAAAAAUAUGACACUAAAUAGUAAAAAAAAGAAUUGGGGGUGGGGCCCCCCAUACAUGUAACUGAGGGAUGAAAUUUUUUUUUUCGAUGUACAUACCCGUGUGGGGUAUCAAUAGAAAGGUCUUUUAAAAUGAUAUAAAGUUUUCUAAAAAACAUUUUUCUUAAAGUGAACGGUUUUUGAGAUAUCAGCUCUCAAAGUCGUAAAAAGUAUGUCCCCCCCCCUCUAUUUUUAUAACUACGGGGUAUAAAAUUCUAAAAAAAAUAGAGGUGAUGCAUGCUAAUUAACUCUUUCAACGAUUUUUGGUUUGAUCAAAGUAUCUCUUAUAGUUUUUGAGAUAGGUUGAUUUAACUGUAAUUUACGGAACCCUUCGUGCACUACCGACUCGCACUUGGCCGGUUUUUAAUUUAGCCGUAACUAGGAUUAAUCCAUUUAGGUAAUAGUUAGUUUUCUAGACUAAAAGUUUAUGUCAACUUUUAAUUAUGUAUUCGCUAGUUAGUAAAUGUUGAUAGGAUAGAAUAACUAAAUGUGCCUUUUAUGAUAAGAAUUUAUUGUAUAUUUCAAAAUAAAUACAGUAUUGAUAUAAAA